CGAGAAAGAGGCAUGGCAGGCAGUGUAGCUGUUAAGGGGAGGCAGUUUGGGGAGAUGUUCAUAGUGUGGGCACAGUCGACCCACACCUGAUGUUGCCAUGUCCAAGAAGGUGAACGGUCUUGCAGUGCCAGCGGGUCAAAUGACCCAAGCGGUUUCUGAUGGGGAACUGAACUUGAAGUUGUCCUGCAGUGGCAGCAGCUCCAGUCUUUCGGAGAGCUCGAGCAGGUCGGGUGGACCUCAGAGUCCAGAUGGUCCUGCCAGCAGAGUGGUCAGCUGGGCGGUGUGUUUCGAACGCCUGCUGGAAGACCAUGUUGGUGUGCUCUAUUUUACCGAGUUUCUCAAAUCAGAAGUGAGCGCAGAGAAUAUCCUGUUCUACCAAGCCUGUGAAAAAUUCAAGAAAAUCCCGCCAACCAGAAAGGAUGAGCUCAAGAAAGAGUCCCGCUCUAUCUAUGACACUUUUCUGUCUGAAAGCUCUCUGCAUGCGGUUAAUAUCGAUGAUACAGCUCAGAUGGAAGAGAGCGCCCUGGAGACGCCCACACCUGACAUGUUCAAUAAAGCCCAGCAACAGAUCUUCAAGCUAAUGAAAAUGGACAGCUACACGAGGUUUGUCCGCUCUCUACUGUACAAGAACUGUAUGCUGGCGUGUGUGGAGGGUCGUCCUCUUCCAAACAUCGAAUCCCCAGAGCCCAAAAGCAAAGGCUCCAAAAAGAGUGCAACGCCACCUAGUAACAGGAAGAGUGUUGAGUUGAAAGUACCGUCAUCAGACAGUAAGAGCAACAGGAAGAAGAGGUUAGAGAAGAGAGGAUCAUGGGGAGCUGACGUUUCGUACCAGCGUGUGUCAGUGUCUCGUAAAGAGUCCCAGAUCUCUAUGAAGUCUAACAGCAGUCUGGAGUUAGUUUCUGGUUCCGUACGAGCCGAGAUUGGCCGCUGCAGUGUUGCCAUCUCUGAUCCAGAGGCUUUGAGUUCUGGUUCCCCUACAGCGGAUAAAUACUGCUGCGUUUACUUGCCAGACGGUACCGCGAGUCUGGCUCCCGCCAAACCCGGUCUUACCCUCAGAGACAUGCUCAGCAGCCUGUGUGAGAAGAGAGGGUUUCCUCUUAAAGAUGUCGUUAUCUAUCUUCGUGGGAAAGAAAAGCCUCUUUCUCUGGAUCUGGACUGUUCUGUGUUUGGAGAUCAGCAGCUCACUUUGGAACUCAGAAUAUCGUUUGCGCUGGAGAUGGUGUUUUCAGGACGAACGAUAGGAAUCUUCGCAAAGUCGAGUAAGAGUCUGGGCGAUGUGAUUUCUGCCGUACUACGGAAACAUCAACUGCAGCCUCAGGAUGUGCAGGUUACUCAUAGUGGCUCAAAUGAACCUCUUAACAUGAGCACAAAUGUGUUCCGUCUGGCCAACAAAACGUUGUGUUUGGAUCUAGUUAAAGUUGCUUUGGAGACUCGAGACUCUUCGCCAACACCCAGAGCAAGCACCAGACCCAGAAAUCACCAUGAGAUGGAUGGUCUUGUAGAGAUGCUGUCUCGCGUUCAGUGCAGUCGAGUCGAAGAUCAGCGUGGUUUACUCACCAAAGAGCAGCUCGCUCUGCCGAAGUUCCUGCAGCUGCCAGCAGGGAACGGAGAGCAGAUGUCCUGCGACCCCUCACAGGAAGAAAAUUGUGCCCUUUGACCUCUAAAAACCUGUCCUGUGUGAACUGAUAAAGAGCACUAAAGACUCAUAUAAACAGAUGUCUUUGUGCCAAACUAGAGGCGUGGAACUCUGAUAAGAUUACUAAACUGUGUGUGUGCGCAUUUGAUGAGAUUAUAUGUUCUUAAUUUGUUGUUAUGCAGACAUCUGCGUGUAUAUUUUGUAUAUUAAAACAUACACAGACACUGAUCGCUGGCUCUUAAAACUAGCACUUGACAAUAAUUCAAAACUAAGGAGACUAUGAGAGAAUUUAUUUUUAUUUAGCGACUACCUUUAUCGUAUUUAUUUUCAUAUCAGAUUGUAUCGUGUGCAAUAUCAAGUGUGCUCUUGAACAUGUUUGGUAUGGGAACACAUUUUGACUUUAUAUUGAGCAUUUGCUUUGUUCACUGAGUUUUAGUGUCUGAUUAAAAAAUGAUUUGUGCGAGUUGA